AAGAAACUGAAAAUCGAUUGACAUACUUCGACAAGUUCAUUCAUCACUAGACCCUAGUCCUAACUCCUGAAAGACCCAAAGGUCCUGUCUAUAUAUAAACACAAACACGCAUUCACAGUAAUGCUUUUUGCAAGAUUGCCGCAACUGAACACACACUUUCAAACACCCUUGACAAAACUCAACAAAAGCUUCAACUUUUACAGACCCAUCUUCACAUUCUCUCCAAUGGCCUCUCCCUCGCCUUCACAAUCCCCAAUUAGGGUUUCAUCUUUCUCCACUAAUUCCCCAAAUACCCUUUCUUUAAAACGCAUUGGAACUCACAAUGGGAGCUUCCACUGUGAUGAAGCACUUGGGUGCUUCAUGAUUCGACUUACGAAUCGGUUCUUUGGGGCUGAAGUUGUUAGAAGUAGAGAUCCUAAGGUGUUGGAAACGCUUGAUGCUGUGCUUGAUGUUGGUGGGGUUUAUGAUCCUAGUAGGGAUAGGUAUGAUCAUCAUCAGAAAGGUUUUGGAGAGGUUUUUGGACAUGGGUUUACUACUAAGCUUAGUAGUGCUGGGCUUGUUUAUAAGCAUUUCGGGUUGGAAAUAAUUGCAAAAGAGGUUCAGCUUGAUGAAAGUCAUCCUGACGUGAUGCGCUUAUAUCUAGCAAUUUACAAAAGCUUCAUGGAGGCAAUUGAUGCAAUUGAUAAUGGAAUCAAUCAGUAUGACACUGACCAGCCCCCAAAAUAUGUAAACAAUACACAUUUGUCCUCGAGGGUUGGAAAGUUCAAUUUGGACUGGAUUGACCCAGAUCAAUCUUCUGAGAAGGAAAAUGAGGCCUUCCAUCGUGCAAUGGCUCUAGCUGGUAGCGAAUUUCUCGAUAGUGUUCGAUUUCAUGCCAAAUCUUGGUUACCAGCACGCUCAAUUGUGAUGGAAUGUCUUGCUGCAAGGCAAACAGUUGAUCCAAGCGGAGAAAUUAUGGUCUUGGACAGAUUCUGCCCUUGGAAGCUUCACUUGUUUGAGCUUGAACAAGAGAUGAAGAUAGACCCAUCCAUUAAAUAUGUCCUCUAUCAGGAUGAAAGAGCCAAUCAAUGGCGAGUACAAGCAGUUGCUUUAGCUCCAGACAGAUUUGAGAGCAGAAAGGCCCUUCCAGCUCAAUGGCGAGGUUUGAGAGAUCAUGAGCUGUCAAAUGAGGCAGGAAUUCCUGGCUGUGUUUUCAUCCAUAUGAGUGGCUUUAUUGGUGGAAAUCAGAGUUUCGAGGGAGCACUGGCUAUGGCUAGAGCAGCAUUAAAACUUUAAAUUACUAAAGCAUCAAUUUCUUUGGCUAGUCAUUAUCGAGAUACACUGGAAGCAGCACUAGGAUAUUGUUUAACUAGACCACAAUCACAAUUGAUUUCAACCAAAAACCUUGAGGAAAGUUAUUUAUAACAAAUUGAGUUUCUAUUUGAUUAUGCCGUGGUUCGAAUUUUGUAAUUUAAGAAUGUUGCUUGAUAUUGAAAAUUUAUUGCUUUGUGUUUGUCUUCA